UGUCACAAAGAGCUCGGCCGGCGGCAGCAGCAGAGGCGGCUGCAACUCAGCUUUUGUUCUCCCGGCCUGGGUAGCUGAGUCCUGGCCUUCCAAUCUCCCAACCCUGUCCCCCAUCAUCGUUCUGGCUUAUCUUCCUGGGGAGGGGUCUAGGGUGCUGCUGGGAGAACCUCUUGUGCAGGAUCACAGGUCCUGCUCUACUUGCCAGGCUACUUGUGGGAGGUGGAUUUUCCCAGAGGCUCUCCUGCCCACCCUCCACCCCCUAAUCCAGGCAGUACUGAGGCCCAUAUGGGUGCUAAGACUCUGACCUUUCUAGGGUCAGUUCCAGUUAAGGGGACUUAGGGCUGGCUAUAUGCCCCCUCCCCCAAAUCCAGAACUUUCAGAAGAGGGGUCAAGUUGGGACAUGUCUCUGGAAUAAGAUUAACCAUGGUGGGAUGGCAGUAGGUGAGCAGGUGUAUCUUCCUCUUGUCUGCUGGAGUUCAUGACUGAGAUUCCAUGCCACCAGCUCAGGGCAGUGAGGAUGGAGGGACAGAGGCCUUACCAAAAACUCAGUGUAAAAGGUGGGCAAACUGUGGUCGGGUCAAUUGGAGGAGCUGCCUGAGCAGUGAGGUUCAGAGGACCAUGGAGAGGAGACCAUUAAAAUGAACUACUGGCAUGUCUGUGUGAUAAAGGGUGGUUUUGACUGUAGACCACCUAAGGAAGCUCCUUUUCCUUUUAACCCCAUCUAGUGCAGUGUUAACCAUAAUUGCUAGAGGAUUUGUGGAGGUGUAGGAUCCUCAACAGAGGGAAAAACAUUAAGUAUUAGAAAUGAUCAGUAACAGAUGCCUAGUCACAAUAGACCUCAGAAGUGCUGAACCCUUGCCUCUUCCAGUUUGAUCCUAAAAACUGUUGAACCACAAGCUUUGAGGGACAAUCUUCAUGGUACUCUGGUCAGCAGACAUUUCUACGAACCUGUCCCUGUUGUUUCUAAGAGUCUUCUCACCAAGCCUUCCAUUCUUUCCUAUCCAGUACGGGUUGGUGGUCCAUACCCCCUUCCCCACCAGCUCUCCCAGCACAAACAAGUACUUGGCCUAUUGCUUUGGAAAGACUUCUGAUCCCUAUCGCUGGCCUUGCAUCCCUAUAGAACCCAAAUAAGGGCAAGAUAACCCCUGACUCCCAGAGGGUGAGGAAAGUAGGUCAGUGCUACUGUCUGGCCAACUCUCGUGGAUGGCAUUUAGGGCCUGACUAUAGGAAACUAUAGAAAUUAUCAACUCUUGAUAAUUGCCCAUAGGCAAUACAUGCAUGACCUGAGUUCUAAAACAGUUCACAGAAUCUCGGGCCCUGUCAGUGCUUUCUCUUUUUGAGAAAACUCAUGGGAUCAGAUGCCAAGACCUGGUUUGAUGUGGAGCUCUUCAGCACCUGUUGCCUUCACUAGCAACUUUUCCUCCUCCUCUUCCCUGCACUCCCCAGAACCAAAGAAUGUGAAGGGGGUCCAUGGAGGGCUCACGUCCCCGCGCCCUGGGCGGCCAUUUAACGCCUUCACCGCCGGCCUUCGAGGGCGAACUGGAUCUGCAGCGCUACUCCAACGGGCCAGGCCUUAGCACAGGGUCUCCAGGAAUGGGAGCGGUGGGCUGGUCUGAGAGUCGCGCUGGCGAACGGCGCUUUCCCUGCCCUGUAUGCGGGAAGCGCUUCCGCUUCAAUUCCAUCCUGGCUUUGCACCUGCGUGCGCACCCAGGCGCCCAGGCCUUCCAGUGCCCACACUGCGGCCACCGUGCUGCGCAGCGGGCUCUGUUGCGCUCGCACCUGCGCACGCACCAGCCUGAGCGCCCGCGCAGCCCCGCCGCACGCCUGUUGCUAGAAUUGGAGGAGCGUGCGCUGCUGCGUGAGGCCCGGUUAGGGAGAUCCCGAAGCUCAGGGGGCCUGCAGGCCACCCCUGCCACCGAGGGCCUGGCACCGCCCCAGGCUCCCUCGUCAUCCGCCUUCCGUUGCCCCUUCUGCAAAGGCAAGUUUCGCACCGCAGCGGAGCUGGAACGCCACAUGCACAUCCUGCACAGGCCUUGGAAAUGCGGCCUAUGUAGUUUCGGCUCCAGCCAGGAGGAGGAGCUGCUACACCACAACCUGACGGCCCAUGGAGCUCCUGAUCGCCCUCUGGCGGCCACCUCAGCUGUCCCCCAGCCUCAGCCUCCACCCAAACCUGAACCCAGAUCGCUCCCCCAACCGGAGCCAGAUCCCGAGCCGGAGCCUGAACGUGAGGCAACCCCCGCCCCUGCUCCUGCCACUCCUGAGGAGCCCCCUGCGCCUCCAGAGUUCCGUUGUCAAGUGUGUGGUCAGAGCUUCACGCAGUCCUGGUUUCUCAAGGGCCACAUGCGCAAGCACAAGGCCUCCUUCGAUCAUGCGUGUCCCGUGUGUGGCCGUUGCUUCAAGGAGCCCUGGUUCCUUAAGAACCACAUGAAGGUGCAUGCUAGCAAGCUGGGCCCAAUGCGUGCCCCAGGGCCUGGAUCUGGGUCUGCCCGGGCUCCCCAGCCUCCUGACCUGGGCCUGCUGGCCUAUGAGCCACUGGGCCCCACACUCCUCUUGGCCCCAGCGCCCACCCCAGCUGAGCGCCGUGAGCCUGCAAGCCUGCUGGGCUACCUGAGUCUGCGAGCUGGCGAACCCCGGCCCAACGGUGAGGGUGCUGAGCCUGGGGCUGGCCGCAGCUUCGGAGGCUUCCGCCCCUUGCCUUCUGCUCUCCCGGCACGGGCUCGCCGGCACCGUGCCGAAGAGCCCGAGGAGGAAGAGGAGGUUGUGGAGUCUGAGGAGGAUACCUGGGCCCGAAACCGGGCGCUGGGCCCUCUGGCUUCACUGCACCCGCGCCCAGGGGAGGGGACGGGCCACUCUGCACCUGCUUCGGGGGCCCAGGCAAGGUCCACUGCCGCACAAGAAGAGAAUGGGCUGUUAGUUGGAGGGACCCGGUCUGAAGGGAGCCGGGGGGCCACUGGCAAAGAUUGUCCCUUCUGCGGAAAAUCUUUCCGCUCAGCGCAUCACCUCAAAGUGCACCUGCGAGUACACACAGGCGAACGCCCCUACAAGUGUCCGCACUGUGACUAUGCUGGCACCCAAUCAGGCUCGCUUAAGUAUCACCUGCAGCGCCACCACCGGGAGCAGAGGAGCGGGGCUGGCCCCGGUCCACCACCGGAGCCGCCCCCUUCCCAGCGGUGUUUACCCCAGACAUCUGGAGCCAAGGCGGCUCAGCAGCCUGCAACUUGGGUGGAGGGCACCUCAAGCCCUCGGCCUUCCAGCGGCACCGCGCCGGGAUCUCGUAGGAAACCCGCCAGUCCUGGGAGGACCCUGCGCAAUGGGCGAGGCGGUGAGGCCGAACCCCUGGACCUGUCCCUGCGGGCGGGGCCGGGAGGCGAGGCCGGGCCGGGGGGUGCCCUCCACCGUUGCCUCUUUUGCCCCUUUGCCACUGGAGCUCCAGAGCUCAUGGCCUUGCACCUGCAAGUGCACCACAGUCGCCGGGCUCGGGGCCGCCGGCCGCCCCAGGCUGAUGCGUCCCUGCCCUACCUCCGAGCAACGACAGGAGAAACCCCUCCGAGUCCUCCUCUGCAGGAAGGGGAGGAGGGCCCCAGGCUGUCAAGAUCCGGAGAGGUGGGGCUGGGAGGGCAAGAAAGGUAGGGAACCCUCUUAGGGGCCAUUAGUUUAGUAAGCUUACUCCGCAGGAGCGGGGGAGCGCUAGAGGUAGUUGGGUAGAACAUCCAGCAGGGGGCAGCGUGGGACCCAUAUCCCAGCCCCAGGUGGACCAGAGAGAAGUAAAGGGUGUUGAGGGCAUAGGCAGGUGGGCCAAGUGGUACCCACUCAGCCCAGGGGAGUCACAGUGCCUUAGAAGUGGCAGGGGUGAGGAUCAAAGAACGGGGUCCCAGGGUUGGCAGAGAGAGUUUUGCCCUUUGGAGGAGAUGCUCUGCCAGUCCUUGCUGGUCCAUAGGCAUGAGAGUUUAUUUUUGUACAAUGGGUGGGGGUGGGGGGCACUGUACCCUUCUAAGCCCCUUCAGGGGCCCUGUAGACGUCGCUAUUUUUGGUACGAUUCCUGUCAUCCCUGUUGCAGAGUUGUGUCCCCAAUAAACAGGUGUCUUGAGGCACAGGACACUGUGUCUGUCUGCC